CUCUCUCUUUUUUUUUUUUUUCCCUCUUUCUUCUCUCUCUGUGAAGUGUAUUUGCUGAGCUCUCAAAUCUUGCCUGUCACCUACUCUCUCUCUCUCUCUUUCUCUAGCCCAGAGAAGACGGUAGUGAGAGCUUUGAGAGCGGGGAAGGGUCCAUUCCCAUGAGCAGUGAUUUCAUAGCUUUAACGGAAAAUGUUGAAUCCACCCACUUUCCUUCUCAUUCUCUCUGGAAUUUCUUGAAUCUUCUUCCCUGCAAAUGGGUCAUUCGUCAUCGAGAUCGUGGGUUUUGAGCAUCCAACUCUGAAGAAAACAGAACAGAGGAUAAAUAGAAGCUUUGUUGCAUCAAUGGUGGCUGCCAUUUCUGGAGCAGCAGCUUCAAUCCCCAAAACUUCAACAACCCAACAACGCAAUGACCAGCAACAGCAAGAUCACCUCAGAAACAACCAAGCCAGACCUCCAUUGUUACCCUCUGAGAGAGAUAAUGGGGUUCUUCAAAGAAAACCUAGAGGCAGACAGGUUCCUUCCAGGUACAUGUCUCCUUCGCCUUCCACUUCUACUUCUACUUCUUCAACUACUUCGUCCUCGGCUUCUUCUCGGCGAUUUCCCUCUCCAUUGCUCUCUAGGUCCACUAAUUUAACCCCUGCUUCGACCCCAUUGCCUUCCUCUGGCCCUAAACGGUCUCAAUCGGUGGACCGGAGAAGACCAGCAACCCCCCGCUCGAUUACUCCGGUUCUUGAUUCGAGACACGGCAAUGCGACUGAGAGUUCCGCGGCUGCGAAGCUUUUGGUUACUUCUACCAGGAGUUUGUCUGUUUCGUUUCAAGGGGAGGCGUUUUCCCUUCCGAUUAGUAAGACUAAGGCUACUGCGACGCCCAGUUUGAGUAAUGCAAGAAAGGGUUCGACGCCGGAACGGCGUCGAGCGACACCACUUAGGGAUAAGAGUGAUGGGUCUGGUGUUCAGGUGGAGAAUUCGAAGCUUCUUGAUCAACAUCGUUGGCCGGCGAGGAACCGCCAUGCGAAUUUGGAAGGGAACCCGUUGUCAAGGAGUUUUGAUUGUGGGGGUGAGCAGAAGAAAGUGAAUGGAAUUGGAUCUGGAAUGGUGGUCCGGGCAUUACAGCAAACAAUAUCAGAUGACAGUAGAAGAGCUUCUUUUGACGGUAGAUUGAGCUUGGAUUUAAACAGUUCCGAGUUGUUGAAGGCAGUUCGACAAAGCCCAGAUGCCGAUUCAGUGAAUGAAUCUUCUGUGCCUUCUGAUCUCACUACUUCUGAUACGGAUAGUGUUUCCUCCGGCAGUACUUCAGGAGUUCAAGAUUGUGGUUCGGUCGCCAAAGGGCGAAAUGGGCCUCGAGGGAUUGUUGUAUCAGCGAGGUUUUGGCAAGAGACAAACAGCCGGCUGCGGCGCUUGCAUGAUCCUGGUUCUCCAUUAUCGACUAGUCCUGGGGCAAGAGUGGGAGCCCCAUCAAAGUUCAGUCAGUCAAAACGGUUCUCAAAUGAUGGUCCACUUUCAUCUCCACGUACUAUGGCUUCCCCAAUUCGAGGUGGGACAAGGCCUCCAUCCCCAAGUAAGCUUUGGACUUCUUCAGUAUCAUCACCAUCAAGGGGAAUUUCCAGUCCUUCCAGAACUAGAAAUGGUGUCGGUGGUUCAUUGGUUAGUAACUCUAUUAGUACGCCCUCCAUUCUUAGUUUCUCCGUUGACAUCCGGAGGGGGAAGAUGGGGGAAGAUCGUAUUGUUGAUGCACAUGUAUUAAGGCUUCAGCAUAAUCGUUACUUGCAAUGGCGGUUUGUGAAUGCAAGGGCAGAUGCUACAUUUAUGUUGCAGAGACUGAACGCAGAGAGGAAUGUCUGGAAUGCAUGGGUCACUAUCUCAGAACUACGGCAUACUGUCACACUUAAAAGAAUCAAGUUACUAUUACUACGGCAAAAGCUGAAGCUGACAUCCGUCCUCAAGGGACAAAUAAGUUAUUUGGAAGAAUGGGCUCUUUUAGACAGAGAUCACUCGAGCUCCAUGCUUGGAGCAACUGAGGCUUUGAAGGCCAGUACUCUACGGCUCCCAGUUGUUGGGAAAGCAAUAGCUGAUAUUCAGAACCUGAAAGAUGCUGUGGGUUCAGCUGUUGAUGUUAUGCAGGCAAUGGCAUCUUCAAUAUGCUCUCUCUCAUCUAAGGUAGAAGAAACAAACUCCGUGGUGGCUGAACUGGUUAAGGUGACGGCAAAGGAACGGAUUUUACUUCAACAAUGUGAAGAUUUUUUGUCCACUUUAGCGGCCAUGCAGGUUAAAGAUUGUAGCUUGCGAACGCACAUAUUGCAACUGAAUCGAUUUCCAACGAGACAACAGCCUAACAAAUACAUGUAGAACUGAUAUGAUCCUGAUGAUAUGAUGACUCACUCCUCACCCGUUAUUCUACUAACAUUACACGGACCCCUUUUCGUUUUUCAACCCGAUGGAGGCAGAGAUUGAAGUAACAAGAAACAGAUUGGUGAUUUUUAGGAUCUGGGUUUUGAAACCUUCUUGGUGGCUCUUAUAUUUCUUCUCUAUGUUGUUAAAUGUAUCUCUUUGUAUCUGGAAAAAAGAAAAAGAAAAAGAGGAAAAAAGAAAGAAAGAUGAUUGUAGGGAAUGGCUUUCCAUCCCUUGGAUUAGUUGUGUAAAAGUGCUGCAAUUCUCUAUCCCUUUAGCCCACAAGUAAAUGCCAAUGUUGAAUGUGUAUAUAUGUAGUGUUCUCAUCAUUGAUGAUUCUUGUAGUUUGUGAAUUCUUGUGACUCAUUGGUAAAAUAGUCUCCUUUUUCCUUUCCAA